AUGAAUGGAAAUGGCAAUCGAUUUGUUGCUCGCUUUUUCACAAUGGGAUUGCUACUUUUGAUCAUUAGUCUCCUAUCAAACCUUGUCGUGGUGGAAGGAUGGAUGGUGACGGAAGCUCCAAUGGUUUCUCAUGGUCAGCGGAGACGACCUGAUUUCGCUGCAUUUACCAUCAAAACUCAUAUUUCGACGUCCACGACUCGUCUAGAGGCAAAGGGGAAAAACAAGCGUCGCAACAGGGACAAGAAUGCUGAGACAAUGGGCGAGGAGGACGACAAAAGACGAUCAGAUGGCAAACGAAUUGGUCGAACGCGCAAGAGUAUUGAUCCCAACAGCAACAAUGGAGGCUUCCCAAAAAAGAAAAAAGGCAAACCUCAGAGUAAAAAAAAUGAGGGUACUGAUCCAACGGAAACCCAACAAAUAGUCACUUUUGACCAGCUUCAAACCAAACGGUGUUGGCUUCGAUUAGAAACAAAAACUAACCCUUCGCCGCCACCGCCAGCUGGUCUUCCUCUAGACAUCUGCCUUGUCGAAAUACAGGACAAUGCCUGGUGGAAGUCCCAAGAAGAGUUCCAAUCCUCAACCAUAGAUGGCGAACAGAAGGAUCACGAGAAGAAGAUAAACAAUCCCUAUGGGACCCGUGUCUGGCCACCAUCUUUGGCACUAGCAGAGUUUCUUUCGGAUUACAUCUUGACACCCACAGACCCGAUUAUCAGCGAAAGUAAUACUACGACCACCCGCACUACACCGUCCUACCAAGUGCUAGAGAUUGGAUGCGGGACUGGUUUGGUGUCAAUGGCAGCCGCUUUGUGCGGAGCAAAAACAAUGGCGACAGAUGUGGCACCAAUGACACUCCGAUUAUUGCAACAAGGAUGGUCAGAGACUUGUGACAAGCAACGUAAACACAAAGAAAAGAUAAAGGCAAAACAAUUGCGACCGCCGCUGCCUGAAGAACAAGGCGAUGACCCUUGCAAGAUCAUGGAUGGAAACUUGGAAAUGGCACUCUUUGACGUUACUUCAUCGGAUCCUUUGCCCUGGCCAAAAGAAGCAAGUGACAGCAACGGUGCUGACAAACCACAACGAAUUCUAGUCGCCAGCGCAGUAUUCUACGACGCCUCUUUGGCCAAGGCUAUAGCGCAACGUUGCUUCCAUGCUUGCCAUGAAGAGAGAGCAUGGGUGAUACUGGCGGAUGACGACACUGGCCUUCGAGAAGGCGGCCGGGAGGUAUUUGAAGUGGCAUGGGAACGCUUGGUUGCAAACGACUCUAGGAAAAAGAAGAAAAAGAAGAGUCCAUGGGUCCAUACGACUGUGGAACAAAAGACAGUUUUUGGAUGGGUUAACAAACCAGUGCAAUUGCUACAUUUGAACUAUCCGGAACACCUCCAGUUCCCUUGA